AUGUCGGGCUCCGCGCUUUCCGCCUCCGCAAAGGGGGCCACCUUUCUCAUCCUCUUUCAGGUCGGCUCGCGAGCCCUCACUUUCGCAGUCAACCAAGUCUUGCUCCGUUUCCUUUCUCCGGAGGUGCUUGGCGUCGCCGCCCAGCUCGAGCUCUACUCCAUCUCCGUCCUCUACUUCUCCCGCGAAAGCUUGCGCGUCGCCCUGCAGCGCCAGGCCGGCAGCAUCCAGGCCGUCAUCAACCUUUCUUACAUCGCCAUUGUUCUCUCAUACAUCCUGUCACACACCCUUGCCUGGCUAUGGCUGCGUGCCGAUGUGCCCGACGUGCCGUACUUCCGGCAGUCGCUGUGGCUCUACGCCUACUCUGCCGUCUUCGAACUCUGCACCGAGCCUGCCUUCACCGCAACCCAGCAGUUAAUGCUCUACAAGGUUCGAGCAUCGGCUGAAAGUGCCGCCACUCUCGUGCGGUGUUUCGUCACCUGCGGCUUCGCCAUUUGGGCUAGCAAGCAAAAGUUGGAUACAGGCGUGGCGCCCUUCGCCAUCGGCCAGACUACGUACGAUCUCGUCCUGCUCGCCGUAUACCUGUGGCACGUCAUGCCGGUUGCCAAAAAGGAGAACUUCGCCCUCCUGCCGCAAAGCCUGAAGAAGAACGACCCCAAAGAAUACAUCCUCGACUGGUUCCCGCGCUCGCUCUGCAAGCUCAGCUUCUCCCUGUACCUCCAGUCCAGCAUCAAGUACGUCCUCACGCAGGGCGACGCCAUCCUCAUCGCGUCGCUCGCCACGCUCGCCGACCAGGGCGCCUACGCCUUGGCCUCCAACUACGGCGGCCUCAUCGCGCGCAUGCUCUUCCAGCCCAUCGAGGAGAGCAGCCGCAACCUCUUCUCGCGGCUGUGCUCGUCGUCGGAAGCCGGCAAGAAGCCGGCCAAGGACGGGGUACGGCAAGCGCGCGUCAUCCUGCAGACGAUCGUGCACUUGUACGGACUCAUCUCGCUCGCGGCGUGCGCGCUGGGGCCCACGCUAGCGCCGCUGCUGCUGCGGGUGGUAGCAGGCGCGCGCUGGGCCGACAACUCGGCGGCGACCGAGACGCUGGCGUGCUACUGCUACUACGUGCCGCUGCUGGCGCUGAACGGCGUCGCCGAGGCCUUCGUCGCCAGCGUCGCCACAGAGCGCGAUCUGCACCGCCAGAGCGUGUGGAUGGGCGGCUUCUUUGCCGGCUUCGCCGCCGCCGCAUACCUGUUCCUGGGCGUGCUGAAGAUGGGCGGGCAGGGCUUGGUGUGGGCGAAUUGCGUCAACAUGGGUUUGCGGAUUAUUUGGGCGAGCGGAUUCAUCGGGCGAUGGUUUGGGGAGAACGGGGAGCGAUUCGACUACCUGGCGGCGCUGCCAAAGGGUCUCAGCGUAGCGGUCGCGGUUGCGGCACCGGUUGCGCUGAGGCUAUCGGAAGGGCUCUUGUCCGGGUACGGAUUGCUCGGAGAGCUGGCCAGAUGUGGUGCUAUUUCUGGCAUUUUCGCACUCAACAUCCUUGUAUUUGAGCGUGAGUAUCUGAUGCAAUGCUACCAGAUGCUCCGGCCGAAGGCGGACGCAGCGCAGGAGAAGAAGGAGAAUUGA